GGAUGACUGGGUGUGGGUGUGAGUGAGUGAGUAAAGUGAGAGAGCAGAGAGAGCGUGAGCAAGAGAGGCUGCUGCGAGUUGAGGCUUCGCACUUUAGGCUAGCGACUGUCUGCGCGUCUGUCCCCGUUAGAGGCUUGAGCGUGCUUUCGAAAGGGGGGAACUACGGGGUUGAGCGUAUCGGGUGGAAUGAAAGCAGCGUGAAGGGAGCUGAAUUUAGAGAACGGCCACGACACAGGCACGGGCAGACAGCAGCCAGACAGCACAGGGGGCGAGAAGGGAGAGAGACGCACGCAUAAAAGAAGAAAUCGAAAGGGGCCAGUUGGCAGUAGACGGACAGCGCUUUUAGAGUCUACAGAAGGAAAGACUGUGGACAGGAACCAAGAUGGCAGAUGCAGAUUUGGACUUCACCACCGGCGAUGCCGGAGCCUCCGCCACCUUCCCCCAGCAGUGCUCCGCCCUGCGCAAGAACGGCUUCGUGGUGCUCAAGGGCCGGCCCUGCAAGAUCGUGGAGAUGUCCACCUCCAAGACGGGCAAGCACGGCCACGCCAAGGUUCACAUGGUGGGCAUCGACAUCUUUAACGGCAAGAAGUAUGAAGAUAUCUGCCCCUCCACACACAACAUGGACGUCCCCAACAUCAAGCGCAUGGACUACCAGCUGAUCGGCAUCACGGACGGCUACCUGUCCCUGCUCCAGGACAGCGGCGAUGUGCGGGAGGACCUGAAGAUGCCCGAUGGAGACAUAGGGAAGGAGAUCGAUGCCAAGUUUGAUGCUGGGGAGGAGAUUCUGAUCACAGUCCUGUCCGCCAUGAAUGAGGAGGCAGCGGUGGCUAUCAAGGCCAUGGCCAAGUAGAGGACUACAGGGUUUGACAAGAUGCACUGGACCCGGAAAAGAAACAAACACGAGAGAAAAAAAAAAGACCUCAGCAAUGCUCUUCUCCCUCUUUCUUUCCUUCUUUCUUUCUAUCCUUCCCCUUCUUUCUUUCUUUCCUUCUUUCUUCCAUUGCAACCUUUAUCUUUCCUUUCUUCUGACUUUCUGUGUUAGCCCUUUUGGAGAAAAGGAGUUUGAUGAUUGGAAACUAGAAACAAAAUGAUUAUUUAUAAAUAAUGACCUAUAAUAUCCAAAUGGCACACUCUGAAUGUUGGAAAA